AUGGAGCCACCUCAAAAAGGGCACGCGAACCUCUUUCAGGUGUACUUGAGACUACGGCCUCCUCAAGCUGGAAAUUCGGGUGCUGAACGGUUCCUUUUAGUCGAAGACCCCGUAGAACACGAUGCCCCCACUCAUAUCACCUUGAACCCACCGAACGACCGAAGACGCGCUAUAGAGAAAUUCGCGUUUACACGCGUUUUUGAAGAGGAUGCCACACAACUUGACCUAUUCCAGGGCAUCGGAGUGCUUCCUUUGGUUGAAGGCGUAUUAGCUCCUCAUGGAGGUGACGGUACAGAUGGUCUGCUAGCGACCCUAGGGGUUACUGGUUCAGGCAAGACGCAUACUAUGCUUGGAUCGCGGAGCCAGCGAGGCUUAACCCAGCUUGCACUCGAUGUCGUAUUCCGAUCCGUCGAAUCAAACAUCGUUGACUGCGAGAGUUCCCCUGCGUUGGAGACAAGUAUACGAUCCUCCGACGCGUCCGAGGCAGCAAUUUGCUCUGCGCCAGCAUUUAUCGAUACGAUGUACACCGAUUUCAGCAGUUCACGAGGUGGAUCAAGAGCUACGACACCAAUGAUUGUAGGACCCCCAAGCGUUCCUAUCCAACCACCUACACGUAUCCCUACACCGCUACCGCCUGGUUGUUUUCCAAGCAGCCCUCAAAGUAUACGGCUCGUUAGUCACGAUGACGAUCUGUCGAGAAUAAUACUUCUCUCAACACCGCCCAGUGAAAAGGGGGAGGUGGUUCCAACCCUGACGCAAGUUGCGUCUAUUAAGCUUAAGCCAAAGUUGGCUUGCUCCCCGUCACCCCAAAAGCAUUACAUGUCUCUCACCUCCGCCGCAAGAAAUAAGAAGAAUGUUACUAAAUGUCCAAUGAAGGGUGACCACGCGCCACCGACGCCGAGAAAAAACCUACAACGACCAUCUGCUUUCCCUCAAGCACCAGAUAUUAACUCCGUUAGAGCAUCCUGCGAUCCGUCUGCCGAGUAUGCUAUUGUUAUCUCGAUGUACGAAGUAUACAACGACCGAAUUUUCGAUCUUUUAACUCCUCCGAUUAGAUCGAAUAGUAAUAAAGAGCCUAGGCGACGGCCGCUGCUUUUCAAGUUUACAGAGCUAUCUCCUGAUCGAAAGGUCGUAGCAGGGCUCCGAAAGGUUAUCUGCGGUAAUCUCAAAGAGGCACUAAUGGUUCUCGAAGCCGGGCUCCACGAGCGGCGAGUUGCUGGCACAGGCAGCAAUAGCGUGUCGUCGAGAAGCCAUGGAUUUUUCUGUAUCGAGGUCAAGAAAAGACGCCGCGGCCGUCACAAUGCACGCUGGGGUAAUAGUACACUAAGUAUCGUUGAUCUAGCUGGUAGUGAGCGAGCAAGGGAUGCGAAGACACAAGGCGCGACUUUGGCAGAGGCGGGUAAGAUCAAUGAAAGUCUAAUGUAUCUUGGUCAGUGUCUACAAAUGCAGAGCGACGCUAGCAGUGCGACGAAGCCUAAUGUAGUCCCCUUUCGUCAAUGCAAGCUCACAGAGUUGCUAUUCGCCAACUCGUUUCCUUCAGGCUCGCCCUCGAGCUCCACAAACGGGCGGCGUGCUCCACAGAAAGGUGUAAUGAUCGUUACAGCCGAUCCUCUAGGAGACUUUAACGCGACAUCACAAAUUCUCAGAUAUAGCGCCCUGGCCCGUGAGGUUACCGUACCACGCGUUCCUUCUAUUACAUCUACAAUGCUCGCCAAUGCGAAUAGCUCGGCACACUCUGUGCGGUCAGAAUCAAGCGUCGGGUCUCGCAGUGAUACAAGCUCGCCUGUCCUGACUCACCGUCGACCAUAUUUUCAUCCUUCUGGAAACCAUAGCCGGAUGUUCUCACCUGCACCCGACACGGAGAGGGCAACGAUGGAGAACGCGGCUUUAGAGAUUGCGAGAAUGGCCGAUAUGAUAGAUCAGCUGAAUACCGAACUAGUACAAGAAACGGAGGCACGUAUGGCAGCCGAGGCUCACUUGCUGUCUAUGGAAGAACGUCUCGCAGACUUUGAACAGGAGAUCCGAGAGGAAUGCUACGCAGACUUUGAGCAGCGGCUCGCUUUAGAGAUGGGACGAUGGAAGGCGACGUUGUCGCUGGAGCAAGAGCGCGGUGAGGAGCAUUGGGACCGCAAGGUAGAGGUUUUAGCUCGCGGCGUGGGUGUCACAGUUACCAUGCCAAGCUCCGACGAAGAUAAUGUUGAAGACGAAGAUAAGGAGAACAUCUUGAUCGAAAAUCUGGAGCAAGAGAACGAGCGUUUGCGAAGAGAAGUCGCGAUCUUGAAGCGCGAACUAUCUGGCCGCACACCAAGCAAACGCGCCCCGCUUCAGGAGAGGGGUGAUGUACCCAGCACCAGGGCCUCACCUUCUGGGGCAGAUACGCUGGGCGACCUCGGUAACCGCAUGGAGCAGUUAAGAGUAAACAGCGGCGAAAGCAAGAAAACCCUCAAGGUGUCGAGCAGUGGGAGUCCCACGAAGAAGGUGCGGAAGCUGCAGACGAGGAGGUGGGAGGGGACGGCGGUUGAUGACGACUUAAUGUGA